AUGGAGCAUCCGUUUCGAGAGCCCAGUCCAGUGAUGACAGAAAGGUCUCCUUCAACACCUCGUCCCAAUGACUCACCUGGGGACCAUCCUGCUUCGUCUGCGCAGUGUGCAGUUUUCAGUUUCAACAAGAAGUGGAUAUACUUCCAAGCCAGAAGCAGGAGUAUCAUCGUCAUGGUCAGCGAAAAUAAGCAAGACCGAGGACGCCCUUUGAAGACCAAAGGGAACAAGGAAGAAUAUCCCGGCAUCAUAUCUGCAAAACCCCACGAGAAUCCAUGCAAUGUUGAGUUGGAGUUUCACGGCAGGAAGGACACCGUGGCAUUCCCUAUCACACGGAUCUGUACCAAGACCAAGCUCACAUCUGCCAUCAUGAGGGGUUAUCAAAAGGAGAGGACAGUAUCGCGUUUGGGGAACCGUUUACACCUCGGGUCGGGGCGGCGAAGCUCCUCAUUCUCACAAGACAUCAAAGCCAUCCUCAAAAGAAAGUUAUCCUCAGGAGAGGAUAUGGGGGGACAGGUUCCUAUUGUCAUCGCGUCUCACGACUUCCAGGGGACAUUCAUUCCCGCCAACAGGCAUGCAUACCAUUAUGAAGUGGUAGCUGGCCAACAUGUCCUAAUAGCACGGAAGGAGCUCCAUGAGGAGGCAGAACAUGGGAAAGACAGCUGUGUAUGUGCUAUCUACAUGGGAGUCGACGAAGUGGAGAAAAGGAUCCUGGCCCUCCACAACGCCAAGCUUGAAGGAGUUCCCUAUGAUGUACUUGAUGUU